CCGGCGUUAGCAGCAAUGGAUGUGCUGGAGCUGCUGCAUCAACUUGGCCUGAACAUAUUUUGGAUAUUCAAGAUCUAUAUUAAAUUUGCACUAGUUACGCUCGUCGUCUACUUUGCUGCCGAGUGGUAUAUAGUGCGCUAUGGGGCCGAGCUGGAGGAUCAGCUGGACGCUCAGCUGGCGGCCAACGAGCGUCCGGCCUCGAACAGCACGUUGAGCAAAGUGUUUCGCUUCGUGUUGAACUUCUUUAUCAUCUAAAGAACUAGAUAUACCACCUGAUAUACACAUAUAUAUGUAUAUAUAGAUAUAGAUAU